UGAAAACGGAGAGGAAAAUCUGGCUCUAGCCAUCGUGCACCAUGUCAUUGCCUCGCAGAAAAUGGGGAUAAUUCGGAAAAUAUUCCCUCAUCUCUAAUCCGUAAUGAGAAGCUGAACCAUCCUCUGCACAAUCUCCUUCGAAAGCUUCUCAUCCAUGGCGAAUACACUCAUUUCGUCUCCUUCGUUCCUCGGCACGCCUCUUCCCUCGCUCCAACGCCACCACCGCACCACUACCAGGCUUGUCGCCACCAAGGUCCACGUCAGCCUCCACCAAAUCCCCCCUCUCCACUCCAUAAGCCACUCCAUCGACUUCGUCGGUAUCGCCACCAGAGCUGAAGGCCUUCUUUACACUCUCGCUGACGCUGCGGUUGCGGCGGACCCGGCUGCUCCCGCCACUGAUGCUGCCGUGCAGAAGAACGGAGGCUGGUUCGGCUUCAUCUCCGAAGCCAUGGAGGCUAUUCUCAAGGUGUUGAAGGAUGGCCUUUCUGCUGUGCAUGUGCCUUAUGCAUAUGGAUUUGCUAUCAUAUUACUCACUGUUAUAGUUAAGGCUGCAACACUUCCCUUGACAAAGCAACAGGUUGAAUCUACAUUGGCUAUGCAAAAUCUUCAACCAAAAAUUAAGGCUAUUCAAGAAAGAUAUGCUGGCAAUCAGGAAAGAAUACAACUUGAGACAUCAAGGCUAUAUCGGCAGGCUGGGGUUAAUCCAUUGGCAGGUUGUUUACCUACUUUGGCCACAAUUCCAGUCUGGAUUGGUCUCUACCAAGCAUUGUCAAAUGUGGCAAACGAGGGACUAUUGACUGAGGGUUUCUUUUGGAUACCCUCUUUGGCUGGUCCUACUACCAUUGCUGCUAGGCAAAGUGGAGCUGGAAUUUCUUGGCUUUUUCCAUUUGUGGAUGGGCAUCCACCUUUGGGUUGGCAAGAUACUGCAGCAUAUCUUGCUUUACCCAUUCUUCUUGUCAUUUCUCAAUUUGUUUCAAUGGAAAUCAUGAAACCACCUGAGACAGAUCCUUCUCAAAAGAAUCAACUUCUUAUUUUAAAGUUUCUUCCACUCAUGAUCGGCUACUUCUCACUAUCUGUCCCAUCAGGAUUAACAAUUUACUGGUUUAUAAACAAUGUCCUGAGCACAGCUCAACAAGUAUGGUUGCGCAAAUUGGGGGGUGCAAAGCCUGUUGUGAAUGAAAAUGCCAGUGGGAUUAUUACUGCAGGACGAGCUAAAAGAUCUGACUUGCAGCCGGCAAAAGGCGGUGAAAGGUUUAAGCAGUUAAAAGAAGAGGAAAAGAAGAAAAAGUUAAGCAAGGCACUGCCAGUGGAAGAUGUUCAGCCUCUGGCAUCUGUUUCUGCUUCUGAUGAUGGCUCGGACAUAGAUAGUGACAGCAAGGAACAGGAAGUUGAAGAAGGAGCCUAUGCUUCUAAAGUUGGUGAAGAGGUUCAAAUUAAUUCUAGGGAAAGAAGAAGCAAGCGUUCGAAGCGGAAGCGUGCUGUAUAAAGGACCGCCGCAUACGGUUGUUUGUAGUUAUAGUGAGUUUUGUAUAUCUCAAGAGAUUAUACCAGUUUUGGGUUGGCAAUUGAUUAAAUAUCCGUAAUUUAUUCCAGCAUAAUAUCUUUGUUUCGUUGUUAAAUUUCUUUCAACCAAGAUCCCCCUCCAGGGAAACUAGGGAGCAUAAAAUCUUGCAUUACAAAAUUGUUGGCUGCUGACUGUUAACAGUACAGUAGUCCUGUACAUCGAAAAGAUAUUGUUGAAUGGAAUCAGAAUUCAUUGUUAUAAAA